CGCUUGGACCCCCUGAGUUACCCUGAGUUAAACAGUUCAUGACAUUCGGUGUGCCUGGAAUAAAGACCGUUAUAUAAAAAAAAAACGUUAUUCUUUUUUUAAUGUGUUAUUUAUUGUCUACGUUUCGGUAUAAUUUAAGUCAUUUUACAUCGACUUGUUAGUUUUUUGGGAAAAAAACGCGAGAUGAGCGAGAACGCAGAAAUCACGGGAGUGAUAUCGCCCGAAGAUGCGGCCAGAGCGGAAAAAUUUAAAGAAGAGGCGAACGAAUACUUCAAAAAUCAGGACUACAAUAAAGCCAUAGAAUUAUAUUCUAAGGCAAUAGAAUUAAACCCUACAGUGGCGGUAUACUAUGGAAAUAGAAGUUUUGCUUAUUUGAAAACUGAAUGUUUUGGAUACGCGCUUACAGAUGCAUCGAAAGCUAUCGAGUUAGAUAAAAAUUAUAUAAAAGGAUACUAUCGCAGAGCUGCAGCUCAUAUGUCAAUUGGCAAGUUCAAACUAGCACUUAAAGAUUAUAAAACUGUUACUAAAGCUAGUCCAAAUGAUAAAGAUGCAAUGAAUAAAUAUACAGAAUGUUCUAAAAUAUUAAAAAAGUUAGCAUUUGAAAAAGCAAUUUCUGUAGAAGAGAGUAAAAAAAAUAUAGCUGAUACGAUCGACUUAGAAGCUAUGGCCAUCGAAGAUGAAUAUGCAGGACCUAAACUUGAAGAUGGGAGAGUUACAUUAAAAUUUAUGCAGGAUUUAUUAGAAUGGUACAAGAUGCAAAAUAAAUUACACCGCAAAUAUGCUUAUAAGAUUCUUUUAGAUGUAAAAACAUUGUUUAUGGCACAACCAAGUUUAGUUGAUAUUACAAUUCCUGAAGAUGGUAAAUUUACUAUCUGUGGAGACAUACAUGGACAGUUUUAUGAUUUACUUAAUAUAUUCAAAUUAAAUGGAUUACCUUCGGAAACUAAUCCAUAUUUAUUUAAUGGAGAUUUUGUAGAUAGAGGAUCGUUUUCCGUAGAAUGUAUACUCACUUUAUUUGGAUUUAAAUUGUUGUGUCCAAAUCACUUUUUUAUGUCUAGAGGUAAUCAUGAAUCUGCCACAAUGAAUCAAAUAUAUGGAUUCGACGGUGAAGUCAAAUCGAAAUAUUCCACUCAAAUGGCACAAUUGUUUACAGAGGUUUAUAAUUGGCUUCCUCUUGCGCAUUGUCUUAAUAAUAGAGUUCUUGUAAUGCAUGGUGGUCUGUUUUCAAGAGACGAUGUUACAUUAAAAGAAAUUCGAGAAAUUGAUAGAAAUAGACAACCACCAGACGAGGGAUUAAUGUGUGAAUUAUUAUGGUCAGAUCCACAACCUCAACUUGGAAGAGCAGCCAGUAAGAGAGGAGUUGGUGUUCAAUUUGGACCCGAUGUAACAGAAAAUUUUCUUACUAUAAAUAAUCUCGACUACAUUGUGAGGAGUCACGAAGUAAAAAAAGAUGGAUAUGAAGUUGGUCAUGAUGGAAAAUGUAUCACUGUGUUUUCUGCACCAAAUUAUUGUGAUACUAUGGGUAACCAGGGUGCCUUUAUUACACUUAAUGGCAAAGAUAUGAAACCCUAUUUUACAUCAUACGAUGCAGUGCCACAUCCAAAUAUACUGCCAAUGACAUAUUCUAAUUAUCUACUAAAAUACGUGUGAUGAAUGAAAAUGAAUAACCAUAAAUGAAUAAUACGAGUAGACCAAUCAAAGUGUAUGUAAUAUAUUUGAUACCGAAAUGGAGAAGUUGAGAAAUGCUUAGGCUUCUCCAAAACAAUAAAUAUUGUAUUCUUUCUAGGAACAAGAAAAUUUUCUGUAUCAUAAUAAAUGCAAUGAAGGCAUAAUAUUGAUGGGUACAAAAAUGAAAAAAAGUUUGCUGGUAUCGGCAACUGGCAAGCAUGUAUAUCAAAUUUUGUUGUCUACAAUGAGAACAAUGUCUUGUUAGCAACUUAUGUUUCAUUGCGAUGAAAUAACGCAAAGAGAAUAGAAUACUUUCUAUUUUGUACCCUCAAUUAAACCACCUUCUUCAUUAAAGAUAUUAGUGUUCACGCACAAGCUAAGUAAACGAUCUCAAAGAUCUCAAUAUAUUAACUUAUACUCUAACAAGGUGCUGAACAUAUAAUAAAUACAUUUUAUCGUACUUUUAAUUUAUUCUUUAAUGAAUAAUGGUGGUUUCUAUAGAACAAUGAUUAUUAUAAAGAUAUCUAACACAUAUGCGAUCUAGCAUGAUUAUAUAGUACAAUUUUCCAGCCAGUUACUAUUUGUCACAUUAUUUGUGAUACCAACAUUUUUACAAAUCAAUGUGAUUGGAAGGAUUUCUUUAAUCUAACAUUUUGUUUUUUUUUUGUUAAGAAUAAACGAUGUUUAUAAUGUA